AUGAGAUCGGCCGCUGCACAAACACUCCCGACUAGACCGUCCGAACAAGAGCUCAAACAUGCCUUAUCCAACAGCCUCGCAGGACACAACCACGUCUCCAGCUCCAGCAGAGCAGCACAGUCCAGAGCGAAGACCACAGACACAUCUGAUCCUAGUUCUGUGCAUCAUCAUGGCGAUAGUCGAGAAAAUGCAGAUAAAUGUGAUAUUGCCGAGGGCGCCUGGAAUCUGAACAACCCGGUGAAGGCCUCGAGGAGCCAUCAGGAGCUUCACAAAGAGCUGUUACUGGCCCACAAAAAGGGGCUGGUGGUGUGCUGUAAGCCGGAGCUUCAGAUGGUCCUGGAGAGGAGGAAGAGAGAGCAGAGUCAGAGAGAGGAGGGAGAGCAGAGCAGGAGUCCUCUGGAGCAGGUGCUGCAGGAACGCCAGCACAAACACCAGGAGAAGAUGAAGGAAGAGGAGCAGAGGAUGCACGAGGAGGUGCAGCUCUUGGAGUUUGUCCGAGUGAGACAGAACCUGAGGAAAGUCCACACAGCUCUACAGAAGAACCUUCACUCCUGAAUCUGACCACUAAACACAUGCUUCAUUUGCAAAUAAAGUACACAGUGUUUCAUUAUUUUCCUUAUUAUCUUGUUAAUUAACAUUUUUCACAGUCUGUUAGUUCAUUACACUUUUCAUUUGUGCUCUGCAAUAAUGAAAUAAUGUUCAAAUAACUCAAAUAACAUUAUUAUUAUUAUCAGUAGUACAAUCAUUGGUUGUUCCUAGUACUGUAUAACCAUAUGAAAUCGUCUGAAAUCUUUCUGUCAUUUUGUUGAGAGUGGCCUGUACAAAUCAGAUUUAUAGUAAAAAGCAAGGUCAUUAAAUAAAUAACACAAUUCUACCAUGGUACAUGUUAAUGAUAAUUUAAUAGUAGUAAAUAAUAACGAGGUAAAG